AUGCCAGGAUUCUCAGAGCCAGCCUGGGUUGAUUUGCUGUUUGAGCCAAUCUGUCACCUUUGUUAUAAGAACAUCUGUCGUACUAUCGGGUUUGGAUUAGGGGUUCGUAUUUGCUCAAAAUGUUAUGAGGAUGGAAAAAGUCUCGCUCAAAAGUAUAAUAUCCUCCUUGGGUGUGCCUCCGAGCAUAUCUCCGAGCAUAUCUUGAGUAUGAUCCCUCGCAAGUACGGAACUCGUAAACCUUACAAGAGAAAAUUCAUAUAUUUGAGAAGAGAUGUUGACAAAGUCAAAGCCCGUAUCCUCUCGCUUCCAGAGCGCCAGCUCGAGGCCUACUCCCGGCAACGGCAAUUGUAUGUGAAGGAAAUGUCCGAGCGUGUCUAUGCAUGUAAAGUAUGGUUCCAGAACGAGAGCCGUAACAGAGAGAUGGAAUUGACAAGACUACGGGAGGAGAGGAAAUCAGCCAUAUACCAGAAACUCGUAGACCUCGGAUAUGAGAGAGCAUCGACUGGUAAAGCAAAGCCGCCCGUUGCCGGGGUAUUUAUAGUUUAUGCAGUCUGGGACAAUAUCCGUGACGAAAUGGUUGGUUUCAUGGAGGCUAUAAGGGACAAGCGUCUCGAGCGCGAGCACAAAGAGCUUGUUUUUGUUCGGAAGGGCAUGUCUGUUUCUAUUCUGCGGACAUACAAAAACUCUUCCGUCGGGUUUCCGUACACCACAAUUCUCCCCUCUCUACCCGACUUUUACGAAUUUGCGCCGGUGAAAGCGAUUCUUGAACUUCCAAGCGAGGUAGUUGUCGACACGAAGAGCUUCGAUGAUGUGGUUCCCCAGCUACCUUCGUUAUGCCAAGAGUGGCGCGAGCGAAUCCACGACCAGUUUCUGCGGGUUGCAGGCCAUCCGCACCCUUUAUCGUUGACCAGUUCGGAGGAGAAGAUUGAGGGUCUUGUCGCAUGUGUGCUGUACGGUGCAGGAGUGCGAAUGAGUUGGACGACGACGGAGGUCAUACGAUGCUUGGAAUUCGAUCCCGAUACGACAACAGUACAUGAUAUGGACAAGCCGCUACUGUAUUAUCGAUGCAAGAUCUGCCGCAAAGAGUGCAACUAUCAGGAUCCUAGGAUAUACGGAUGGCGCACGCUUGCACAACGCCGUUCCGACCAAACCCAUCGGAGUGUGAGGACAAACAAGAAAAUAGGGAAGUACAAGAUGGAGGUUGAUGAGCUCGUCUGGUGCUGCGUUCACUGCCGUGAUUUGUCAUCAGAGGGCAAUCCUACGACGUUGAAUAAGAUCCAGGGACAUCUCGUUAACAAUCACUCAAUUGCGAAACCUAUCAUCAAUCAAGAUUACUAUGAGAACUUGGGUGCGGCUCCGGCGCAUUCUACUUUUAGAUGCUUGUUUGAGAAGUUUAAUGUGCACGGCACGGGUCCUUUGAUAGACUACGAUAGCGACUUGGACCUGUAA